AUGGGGUCCUCAGCAGUGGAGAUGGAGUUUGCCCAUCACCUGGAAACCCUGCUUAAGCUGCGGCAGCGCCUGUGCAGGGAGACAGAGCCCCACAAACUCUACAAAACCCUGAAGAAAGUCUCUUCUCAGCCCAUCCUAUGUGACACCCUGGAGAAGAUUGGCUUCAGACAGACCAUCAAGCGCUUGAGGAAAGAGCAGCUCCUGGUCCCCUUUGCCAAGGAAUUUGCCACCCUGUGGUCAAGAAGGUCCCAGUUUGGGCCCCAGUCUGAGUCAGACAUACAGAACUUUGCCAUUCAGGCUAACCUCAUGACAGAGUCGUCAAAAAACUCUCCAGAAGACAAGUCCCAUGAGCCCAGGUCUAAGGAAGACAGAGAAAAUGAAAGAAAGGUCUUAGAGGUGAGCAGUAAACACCCAAGUCCGGGCCUAAGCUCGAGGCUGAGCCUAAGCAAACACACAAGCCCUGACCAAAAGGCAACUCUCAGUCCAAGGCUGGAGCCAAGAGGAAGCAAAAGGCACAGCACAUCUUGUGGGGACCCAGGGCUAGCUGCACAGAGCCAGGAGAAGGUAGCAAAGGGCUCCCGCAGACGUGUAGAAAAGCCCAGGCAGCUUCAAGAAGAGAAGCUCCUCUCCAGCAAGUCAAAUGCAGGACCAGCAAAGCAGUGCCUUUCUCCUCUGCAGAGAAAGAGCCCAGGAUAUUGGAUUCUGCAAGACCACCCUACUGAGCCUUCUGAGGCUUGCUCCGACUAUGACAGCUCUGCUUCCUCUGCUCUGCCCCUGACACAACCUCCAUGCAAGAGGAGGAAGAAAUGUACCUGGACAGUUGAAGCCCAGAGCCCUGUAGCAAAGGCGCCUCUCAGCAAGUCUUGCAGCAGCAAGGAGCUAAAUUGCCUUGAUGUGAGUCCCCUUCCAGAAGUGGCCUCCAGUUGCCAAGAUGACUCCCUCCUGGAUGGCCUGGAGCAAUAUUCUUUGCACACUGAUCAAGAAGAACCAACUUGGGCAUGCAGGGUCAACUUCAGAACGCCAGUCUAUUCGGGUCGCGCACCUUCCAGGCUCCUGAAGAAAUCCAAGGAAGGGCGCCUUGCUGUGCCCUCUUGCCCCUUGGAAACUCAGUACCAACCAGCUGGAGACAAAGCUGAGCCCUGGCAGCAAGUAGAGAAAUCCCUGCCCCAGACUCAUACUGCCAAGGAAAAUCCCAACCAGACUGAGACCCAGACACACCUCCAGCUGGAAAAGUCCCGCGAGCUCAGGUUGCAAGCCCUGAAAGCCCGCAUCCAAAGCACAGAAGCCAAGAAACCACAAAGCCGCCAAACCAAGUUACUCACCUUCGACACCAAUAAUACCAGCUCAGGACAUCAGACAGAAUCUGGACCAGGAGGGGAGGCCUCCUCUGACAAGAACAGCCUCCCUGAAGACUUGGCUCCUAGCCACUUGCAGAGAGCUCCUUGCCUGUCGGCAGGAGGCAGCAACAAGACCCAGGCAAAGAAAAGGACCCCUCUCAUGGCCAAGGCCCUGAGGGAUUACAAAAAGAUGUACUUUUGCAGGUGA